CGCAAAUCAUUGUAUUCCGUUUGUCUUUACAUCUAACACAAUUUCCCAACUCAUACGGAAACAGGGUUUGUUGUAAGUCUUCUGUGUGUGCAGGUGACUUGGCUGCAGGCAAUGGGCAAAUGCUGCAAGUGCAACGGGAGGCUGCUGUGCCUGUGCUUGCUUCCCUUCAUGAUGACUGGCCACCUUCUCAUCUACAUCAUGGUCACCAUCUUCGUCACCAUCUCUUACGUUCCCCCCAAAAUAACCAUCCACUAUGUCGCGCCGGGGAUUUCCGCAAAUUCCGGCGCUCUAGCCUCUCAUCCACUCGGCCCCUUCUGGAACCUUCACCUGGAGAACAGUGCCUUGUGGAACCGGCUGCAGCACUCUUUGGACCGCCAGAACAACCCCAUACUGCGUGGAAACACCACCGGGACUCUGAGGAAGCCCAAAGCAGAGUUACCCAGUCAAAAUGGAGACAAGUGCCUUCCUGACCGUACAUCGUGUGAGUGCUCAGAAGCCGGUCUGCAUGACGUCGACGAUAUGCCCGAACAAAUUGGGGCAUUUGUCAGGUCCAUGCACUGCAGGAGUUAUCCGAUCCUCAUCAAUCAGCCGACGACGUGCAAAAGGAACAAGACCAGUCGAGAGUAUCCGAUGCUCCUCAUGGCCGUCAAGUCUCAAGUGGGGAACUUUGAAAACAGGCAAGCCAUCCGUGAAACAUGGGGCCGCAGUGGUUUGAUUAAAGGGGAGUCUCACAGGAAAGGUGGGUUCGUGCGAACUCUCUUCCUGCUGGGAAGGCAAGACUCCAGUACGGGACCUCAUCCGGACCUCAAAAACUUUCUGGAGCUGGAGAACCGGAAAUACGGCGACAUCCUCCAGUGGGAUUUCCAAGAUACUUUCUUCAACCUGACCCUGAAAGACUUGCUGUUCUGGCAUUGGCUCCAACAACACUGUCCCACAGCUGUGUUCGUCUUCAAAGGGGACGAUGACGUCUUCGUCCGGACCGGCGCUCUCCUGGAUUACUUGCACCAGCAGUGGGAGGAGCACAAACUGCGCAACCAAACUCACAUCAAUUUAUUUGUGGGGGAUGUCAUCAGUAACGCCUUCCCGAACCGGAAUCCAUCGACUAAAUACUACAUACCGGAAAACUUCUAUAAAGGUGCCUACCCAACGUACGCUGGAGGGGGAGGGGUGGUAUAUUCCGCCUCACUGGCGUUACGACUGAAAGAGGUGUCCCAAAAAGUAUGCCUCUUCCCCAUCGACGACGUUUACUUGGGAAUGUGCCUUCAGAGACUGGGGUUGUCUCCGAGCCAUCACCCUGGUUUUCUAACAUUUGACCUCCCAGAGACGGACAGAGGGAAUCCCUGCGCUCACAGGUCCGUGCUGCUGGUGCACAGGCGGAGUCCCAAAGAGAUGUUGACUUUGUGGCACCAGUUGCACAAUCUGCCCGCUCACUGCUGAGCGUCAUUUGCCUGUCAAAUAUAAAUAGCCUGCCAGGUGAACUCUGGGUGACUCAGCGGGUUUAAUUCAAGCAGGUAACAUCGUAAACAAGGUCAAUGAAUACCAGGCUGUGACGAAACACUCGCAAGACCAAGUCCAUACACGAUAUCAGUGACGUGCGGUGAGGUUCGAGGCAGUUGAGGCACUAUUUGAAUAGAAAAUCACAGGUGAGGUCCUCAUUGUUAUUACAGUAAGGGCCCUAAUCUCCCAUGUGCUUUAGUCCAA